UUUUUAUCUCAAGACUCAAUCAAUGUAUGUAUGUACUCCUAUCAAUAUAUUAUCCCAUCAGUUAGUUUAUUUCGGCUUUCUUGCUGAACAACGUGUGUACCAUAACCUCUGAAAAUUUUCAGCUAGUCAUUUCGUCAAUAAUAGGCAUUAAAUUAUUUAUUUUUUAAAAAUUAGUGCAUUGAGAUUUUUAUUUAGAAAUUAAUACAAAUUUGUGAUAUAUCUUAAACUAUAUUGAUUGUAACGGGAAUCGUGUGAUUAAAUAUAUUAGCGAAAGCAUAGCGUACAAUAGUCGUGAAUAAUCGUACAAUGCAGUGUGCGAAAAUGCAGGAACACGAGGUAAACACAUGUCAGGGCGAAUUUUAUACCGAUGCCGCAAAAUAUUGGGAUCGUAUUCCACCGACAUUAGACGGAAUGUUGGGAGGUUUCGGAUUUAUCUCCCAUACAGACAUAAGAGGCUCGAUGUUCUUCCUAAAAUCUCUCUUCGAGUUAGAAAACUCACCUUCCAAAGCAUUUGCUUUAGAUUGUGGUGCGGGUAUCGGUAGAAUUACCAGGAAUUUAUUAAUAAAAUUUUUUAAACAUGUAGACCUUGUGGAGCAAAAUCCCAAGUUUUUAGAGGUAGCAAAAAUCUCUUUGGAAAACCAUUCCUCAAGAAUCGGCCAGUAUUAUCCUAUAGGCCUGCAAAAUUUUUGUCCUGUGGCAAAUAAAUAUGAUCUUAUAUGGUGUCAAUGGGUAUUGGGGCAUUUGCAAGACGACGAUUUAAUAAAAUUUUUCAAGAAAUGCUCAUUGGGCUUAAAAAAUAAUGGUAUUCUUGUGGUGAAAGAAAAUAUUACCAGCUCAAAUAAUUUGGAAAUGGACAAAGAAGAUUCUUCUAUAACAAGAUCAAUGCAAACCUUGCUAUCUUUAUUUGAAAAAGCUGAUCUUAUUUGCAUUAAGGAACAACAGCAGACUAAAUUCCCACGUGGUUUAUAUCCAGUUUAUAUGUUUGCCCUUAGACCAAGAAAUUAUGGCAGUGAAUUAGCAAGUGUGUAAAUGUAUGAAUCAAAUAUUUAACAAUUAUUUAUUACUUAAGUGAUAUACUUUUAGAUAGACCAAUAUAAAUUAUUUCAAUUUUUAUAAACUGUGAUUUUUUUAAAAAUAAUACUGUAGAGAAAAACUUCUAUCUCGUGCAAUUUAUGUACAAAAAGAAAAUGAGUAUUAUAAUUUCAUAAAAAAAAUUGUUAACUGGU